GCUCUGCGCACGCGCGGGGGCCAUAUUGGCAGCGGACCCUCGGACGGCGGCGGCGGCGGUCGUUUUCUUUUGAGGCGUGAAACGCUCACCGUACCUCGACUUCAGGGUCUCCCCUCCGGAACUCUAAAGUUCAGAAAACAUGUCUCGAAGAUAUGACUCUAGGACCACUAUAUUUUCUCCAGAAGGUCGCUUGUACCAAGUUGAAUAUGCAAUGGAGGCGAUUGGACAUGCAGGCACCUGUUUGGGAAUCUUAGCAAACGAUGGUGUUUUGCUUGCAGCAGAGAGACGCAACAUCCACAAGCUUCUGGAUGAAGUCUUUUUUUCUGAAAAAAUUUAUAAGCUCAAUGAGGACAUGGCUUGCAGUGUGGCGGGCAUUACUUCUGAUGCUAACGUGCUGACUAAUGAACUGCGGCUCAUUGCCCAGAGGUACUUACUACAGUAUCAGGAGCCAAUUCCUUGUGAGCAGUUGGUUACCGCGCUGUGUGAUAUCAAACAAGCUUAUACACAGUUUGGAGGGAAACGUCCCUUUGGUGUCUCACUGCUGUAUAUCGGCUGGGAUAAGCACUACGGCUUUCAGCUCUACCAGAGCGACCCGAGCGGGAAUUACGGAGGAUGGAAAGCCACAUGCAUUGGCAAUAACAGCGCUGCAGCUGUGUCAAUGUUAAAACAAGACUACAAAGAAGGAGAAAUGACUCUGAAGUCAGCACUUGCUUUAGCUGUCAAAGUCCUCAAUAAGACCAUGGAUGUUAGCAAACUCUCUGCUGAAAAAGUGGAAAUCGCCACACUGACCAGAGAGAGUGGAAAGACUGUCAUCAGAGUUCUCAAACAAAAGGAAGUGGAACAGUUGAUCAAAAAACAUGAGGAAGAAGAAGCUAAGGCUGAGCGUGAGAAGAAAGAAAAAGAACAAAAAGAAAAGGAUAAAUAGAAGACAAAAUCAGGGAUUCUGUAACUCAUUUGGGACACCAUUUCAGUGUAAAAGCAAGCUGUCCUCAUCUACAUUGAGAAAACGACCUUUUUUAGCUCGUGUAGUGGGAACAUAGGACGGUGCCAACUGAACUGGGUCCUCGAUAUUUCUGUCCAUUUGAGUAUUGUCAUGAUGAUUCCUCUUCGUGGACAUCUUAGUCCCUUUACCCCCUUUUGGGAAUAAAACUUGGAAAAAAUGGAAAUG